AUGCGGAUCAAAAUCUGCUGUGGAUCCAGCAACGAAAGCCUGUCAACACUAAAACAAGCAGAGCAAAGUACGACAUAUCGUUAUAGUUCUACCGCACACCUGGCCGUUGAUGGAAAUCCCAGCAGUAUAGAAACCAGCGGUAAUGAAACCAUCUGCGCCCACACCAACAAUCAAUCCGAUGAUUGGUGGAUGGUGGAUUUGGGACGAAUGUUCCAGGUGACGACUGUCACCAUAAUCAACCGAAUUGAUGAUUGUAAUUGCGGCGGGCGCUUGGAUGGGAUAGUUUACGAGGUUGGGAUUGCAACAGGCUCCUGGGAAGAAUGUGGACGAUUCCUCGGUCCAGGUGAUGGUGUUGUCAAUAUUACAACAACCUGCGACCGCACCAUGCACGGGCGCUAUGUGAGAAUACGCAAGAUCAAGCAAGAUUAUUUAAGCCUGUGUGAAGUGUAUGUAUACAGUUAAAUAUUGUUUCAGACAACAAUCAUACAGACACUAUGAAUGUGUACACAUAGUGCUAAUGAAACAGUGUAUGUAAACAGUUAAAUAUUGUUUCAGACAACAAUCAUUCAGACGGUACACAUAGUGCUAA